ACGUGAUUUGUUCCACCGCCUUCUUCAUACAUACCUUUCUGACGAUCUAAUUGAGCAUGUCGGCUGUUCAGGACACUCCCGCCACGCUGCCUGCGGCCACCACUGAGCCUGCCGCUCCAGAAACGCCGCUGGAAACAAAGGUUGAAAGCGAGGCGCCCGCAGCAGCAGUGCCAGACACCACGACCACCACCCCCGAACAAGCGUCAAUCCGUUCUCGGCAGCCUUGGUCGCCGUGCCAGCAAGGCUCUCAACCGCAUCCAGGCCCCAAAGAAGGAGGCUUCAGCUCCGGCUGCUCCUGAGUCCAAGAAGGAGGAGGCGGCUGCUGAGACCAAGCCAGCGGAGGAGACUCCUCUCGUGAACGGUGAGGCAAAGAAGGCCGAGCCAGAGGCCCAGCAAAGCAUCGGUGACGUCGUUCCAGAUGCCGUCAAUGUCGGCCAGCCUCAGCACCAGACCACGCCAACUGUCACCGCCACAGCAUAAGAUGCCUGUCGGUAACGUCGCGCUGUUGAGAUACAUGCGAAUCGGGCACGAACAGCGCGAUGACACUCUCAGUCCGAUGCAGUUCUGGAGAGAGGUCGCACCUACCAGACGUACGAACUCUGAUGGACUUUCUCUCGCGCAAUCCCUACGACGCGGAUGGGGCCUCACGACUCGUCGUCUCUCCUAAAAUACACCAAGAUACCCACCACGUACUCACCUCUCGGAGCUGCGCCGGGCCUAAUCACCAACUCCGAUCACUCACUAACGGUCUGCGCCAGCCACUGUUGCUUUUUUCGCGUGCAUUGGGAAGGAUACUGCGGGUCUGCUUUUUGGUUGUUUGUUUGCUUGCUCAGAUACCACACUCUGCAUUGUUUAGCUCUUGCUCUGGCAUGCUUUGAUGAUUUUACUGCCCGGCAUCUGACCAGCAUGGCUACAGGGCACUUGGUUUACGUGUCUUGGUGAGCUUGCUGGUCGGACGGCAGUCGCGAAUACCCAUUCAUCAAUUUCGAUGAGAUACCCAGGUGUCGUUUUCAACAUGCGGUUCGGUAGAUAGCGGUAAUAGUGGCUGGUAAUAAACAUGAUGGUUGCCUUAGGUGUGUCUCACGGGGCGCUGUUCCAGAGCGA